AUGAGGUCCUCGCUGUUUCUGGCUUGUCUGGCUGUGGCUGUAGCAGUCCCUUCUUCUGCGCUGUCUUCAACUCUACAGAAAUAUUUAUGUUUCUACAACGGGAAGUUCACCAACAAGCAAUUCCUGGAGCAGAACCCGGACAGCGGAGCCACCAAAGUCGAAACUCGAGUCACUAGUGUCUACCUAAACAACAUAUCUCAGAACCCCUUCACGUACGUGGAGCAGUCGGACAAUGGGGAGCUAGUGUUGGCGGAGCUUGGAGAGGUCACUGAAGGACCCAAUGAGCGGAUCGAGGUGACUACCUACAACCUCACAAACUACAUCGGCAAGAAGCUAGGCGAGAUCGAAAUCAACGACUUCAGGAACUUGACCAGAGACCAGCUCCAUGGAAACCCCGGCUGCGGCGGUAGUUUGCAGCUGGUCGACGAUUCGCGCUUUGAGGGCGACCUUCCAGACUGUAGACACAUCUCCAGUAGUGGGCUACGUCGAGACUACACCGCCUCUCUGACAUGUGACACCAUCAUUGUUGGAAUUCCCAGGGGCGCAGCGGAGACGGCACCUAAUGGAGAAAUGACGCUAAAGCUUGAAGGAGCUAAAUUCCCAUUGCCCGAUGGAAGUUCUUGUACCUGUGGAAAUACUAGCAGCUAG